GUCUUGUUGAUGAAUCAAAAGGCAGAAAAAAAAACGAAGAAGACUUGAACUUUUUUGUUCAACAGUUUAUAUUUAUCUUUUGUGGAUCGAAACUGAUAUAUUUUAUAAUAAUCUCACACGUCUGCCUAAAUAUUGUUUACAAAGAUUGAAUCAAAAUAUGUGGGAAAAGGAUUGGAGCUAAUAUAUAGGAUUCCUUAGUCUUAUUAAGAUACUGGAUUGAAAAUUUACGAAGACUAUAUAAAUAAUGGAGAACUUUAAUAUCUCCGAUGUUUUUAAAGGAAACGCCAUAAUCAUAAAACCAUCAUUAUCUGGCAGUAACUACUGUUUCGUUUGCGAGGAAAUUAUUAAAAUGGGAGAAGCGUCUAUUCACUGCAACCUUCGUUCACAUCAAGUCCGCUUAUUACGAUUUCGGAAAUGCUUUACGAUUAUUUCUCAAGGCGACCGAUACGACUUUACUAAUAGCUUGAAGUGCAACUUUUGUGAUUUAAAUCUACCCUGGGUUGAAGCAGCUGCGCAUGCACAACUCCAUGGCAAGAAGAUCUGGAAAUUAACGGCUGACGUUUACGCGACCUACUUUCAACAUUACUUAUCGAUGAACACUGAGACUCACUUUUGCAAUCUUUGCUUUCUGUCAUUCGCCACUCAGGAACAUAUUCUUCAGCACAUCAAGGAUUCGAGCCACCAGAAAGCCUGGUCUCAGUCGGCUGCCUCUAAAACUAAUUUCGAUCACUACACGAUAUGCAUAAGACUAAUUAAGCAACUCGUAACGCACCAAAUUUCGGUUGGAGACGAGCUAAAUUCUUUCUUUUGUCACGGAUGUAAGGAAUCAUUCCCGAAUUUAAGCCUUGCGCUCGAUCAUAUGCGAAUCAUUGACUACUUUAGCAAGUGCAACAGAAAAAUGGUUACUGAGAAGGAGAAAUGUUUGGCCAGUGAUUUGGAACGGCACUCGAAACCGGAAUGGAUCAGGAAAAUUGCGAAUAGUGAAGUUAACAUUAUCGAGUUGACGAUUCCAGAUUGUCAAUCGUCAACUUCGGAAAAUAAGGACAUUGAUCGUCAGAAUAACAAUCAUCCGAGUCAGGAUUUAACAAAACGAAUCAAUCUUCAAAUAACAGAGACUGGAGAAAUAUCCAAGUUUUUUAUACGCGAGGAAUUAUCGUGGAUGAUUUCUAGCCAUAAUUUACGAAUUCAUCCGAAUUUUGUCGAGUGUGUUCUCUGUGAUAGGAAGUUUUCGGAUGAAAACUCAGUCGAAAGUCAUUUGCAAACUCAUCUGGAACCGACAUGGAUAAAGCAACAUUCAACAAUGGCACUGAAAAAUGUACCUUCCAGUACAAGUUCAACUUUUAAGGAAAAUUCUCGAAAGAGAAAAGUGGAAAGUUCACAUGAUCCAGACAAGGUACAGAAAGCAGAUUUUAAUUCGGAUGAAAUCAUAAUUCCUACAUUGUACUGAAGGUGUCUUUAAUUUUGAGCCAUUUAUUUUGCUGAACUUUUUGAAAAUUAUUGAGCAAAGAUUUUUAUACAUUUUUAACGAAUGCAGUAUCAGCUCCUCGAAUAUUAUCAACGAUUUAAUUAAUACUCUUCUAAGGCACUCUUAUAAAAGAGAACUGUCAAGUUUUUGUUAUCACAAAAGAGUAUGGAGCUAUUUUAAUUUCGUGAAAAAUGGUUGUUAUUACGCUGUAGAAAUAAGUGUUUCGUAAUAAAAGUAUUACUUUUCUUAUAGUAAA